AUGGAGGUUUUUGAGACUAUCGAAGCAACUGUCGUAACCUUGUAUUAUGAUAAAUUGUCAAGCAAUCUUGUCGUCUACGAUUAUCGCCAACUUAAUUUCCACCAAAUCUCAACCUACACGAAUUCAUACCAAGAAACAACCCAAAGUACUACAAUGCUUCUCCAAGGCUGCUACGAUUUCACCCCACGGCUCGAAGACAGCCACAAAACGCUCGGCUUCAGCAAAGGCGACACCCUCAUGUUUCUCGACGCGUAUCCCAAAAACUUGAACUGGCUCCGCGUCGCAGAUUCGGGAGGACGGAUCGGCUACAUCCCUCGAAACUAUGUUGAACUCAGCGAUAUCGAAGUUAACCGCGACUCUGCGCUUCAAUUCGUGGCGCAAGCUAUUCUAAAAGCUCGUCGAGAAAAGCUGAGUUCUCUGGAAACUUUAGAAAAACUAAAAGAUGACGUGAGGAGGAUUGAAUUCCGUGAAUUUCAGACUCGUCUGCUCCGUCAAGCGUUACAUUUUCGGGACCCAGAACCGGAAGCCGAAAUUGAUGAUGGGACAACGUACACUUGUGAGAGUGAAGGACGAGGGAAUAAUAGUGCAAAUUACGAGAUUGAAUCUGUAGCCUCAGCCCCGAGAGAGCAUCUGAGUCAUAUUUCGAUGAGGACGGAGCCCCCCAGAGUUUCACCACCUGCUGUCCUUAAUUCCUCACAAGAACGAAAUCAACACGACCCAACUUUCUCCGGGCGACUGUCUCACUCUUGUCACCAGAUUGACAAUUCUCCAUCAAAUUGUGGCGACAAAAGUUUAGCACGACGUUUCUCUCCACCACACGUCCCAAAAUCGUCACCAUCUCCAAACAAACAAGGAAACCGUAGUGGGACGCCCAACUGGGAACGUAUGGCUGCCAAAUUGAUCAACAUUGUUCAAGAAUCCGGAGGAGGAAACCUCGAUCUUAAACGAUCCGAAACAAUUGUUCACCGACUCCUGUACAAUAUCCGGAACGAUUUUUCCAACACUAGUCUUCCGGAAAGCAUCUCGUCCGUCAUCCGAGUUCUGGAACGAUCUCCGACCUCCACCUACAGCCAGUCCCUUCUUGGCGAAGGAGGUAACGACUCGCCAUCCUCCUCGAUUCACCGAGCUAAUCAAGUUCUCACCUAUUUGACCAAAUCUACCAAACACUCCCUCCACACGAGAGGCUACAUCGAAGAAGAAUCCGCCCUCCUCGAUAAGCUCGACCAACUCGAAGAAGAUUUGGGUCGGAUGGAUGGAAAAACGAUGAAACGGGUCAUUGAACCCAAAGUUGUUCAAGAUCUCAUGAAUUUUUACCAAUCCGAGAAACGGGACUCUAUCAAAUCCAAAAUGAUUGAAAUCUUCUCCAUGAUCUCCACUUUGGACACGGACACGAAAUUUUACCUGGUCAAAUCCGCCCUUCCAAUCCUACUUGCAAACGAGCUCCUGGAAAAUGAAGCCUCUCCCACAAAAUUGAGCCGAAUCGCCGUCACCCUGAUGAAACUCUUGUCAUCCUCCUCCUCCAAUGACUCCCAAACUCUCCCACAAACUCAUCUGGACGCUCUGGGAGGCAGAUUUCUCAACUUCAUCUUCAACUACUUGGAAGACUCGCCCGACGAAGAUGUCAACAUGACCACAAAAUCCGACCUGAUCAUCCUCCUCCUCGCGUACAAUCUCCACUUCAGCCAAACCAGGGAUGAGAAUCUCGUCACGAAGACGUUAGCUGGUCGUGAACCCGGUCGAAAUUUUAUGGAAGGGAUUAUGAACCUCUUUGAAUCUGGGGUGGACCCCGUGAGACACGCCACUUUACGAGAAGGACCCCAACACCACGUCCACUCCGUGCUGAAACUCUUGCAAGACAUUUUUUCCAGCAAGAAGACGGCCGACCAUUGGCACAAGGCGGACAUGAAGUGGUUGACGGAUCUCAUUUACACCAAUAUUUCGAACCUAGGGCCAGGAAACGAGAGGAGGACGGAGUAUCUCCAGCUUCUCAAACUCGUCGUGAGAAAUCGGGCUUUCCAAUAUCGACUCAAGGAAAUCAGGGAGGCUCUGAUCGAAAUCUUGCUGGAAGAAGACCCUCUCUCAAUACCGGAUCAGCGAAUCGUUAAAAGUAUGUCGAAGGAAUUUCCGACCAUUUUUAAGAAAACUUUGAGCGGUCAGAAUAUUCCCGUUGGCGGAAACAACAGGAUUAAUCCGAUCGACACGGCGGCACCAUUUUAG